CUGUCAGAAGCCGUUGCGGCUUCCCGUGGUGGUGGUGCUGAGGCGGAGGGUGACAGCCGGAGCGGUCCCGCCGCGAUCCGACCGACCGCAUCUCGGGCAGCAGCGGUGACAGGAGUCGAGGGUGCGGGGAGGAGACCGGGCGGCACAGGGGGUACCGGAAGACUGCGGCCUAACACCGCCUUCGUGAUGAGAAUGAUUGAGAGUGUUGACUCCGUGGUUACCAGGCCCAGCGAGGACCUCUGGGCUGAAAUCUGCUCGUGUCUGCCGCAUCCGGACCAGAAGGACGCCAGCGAGGCCUUCACGGACUCAUUCCUGGAUUCCUACGCCAAUGGAGGAAGCCAGGGCAACGGGGUCCCUUCCCAAGCAAACCCAAAGCCCUGGGUGCCUCUGAACGACUCAGAGGUGUACUUAGCAUCCCUAGAGAGAAGACUGAUGAGAAUUAAAGGUUUGUCUCAAGAGGUGACCUCCAAGGACAUGCUGCGUACUCUGUCGCAAGCUAAGAAGGAAUGCUGGGACAGGUUCCUCCAGGAGAAGUUUGAGUCUGAAUUUUAUAUAGAGGGACACGAAUCCGAUGAGAGCACGCUGGAGCACCUAAAGCGAUGGCUGCAACCUGAUAAAGUGGCCAUCAAUACCGAAGAGGUACAGUACCUCAUCCCUCCCGAAUCACAGGUAGAGAAACAGGAGACUGAAGAAGAACGUCCAGCUGCUGAGCAGUGAGAUAUCCACCAGCCGUGCCACAGAGCUGCCUCUUGUCCACACCCUGAUGAAGCUGCGUGCAGCGACAGUAAUGAUAGGAAUAAUAGGGUGGGGGUGAGUAAUGAGAGCCAAUUGUCAGUCACUUAAAGAAAAUGAAACGCGAAAUUCAACAACAAAAUAGCUCUGGACCUCCAAGGAUAUUGACCGGCGUUUGUUGUGGACAAGAGCAGAACAGAAUAUGCUGAACUGAAACCCUUUUUUGAUCUAGUCCCAGUGUGUAGCAACCUCAUCGGUCCGGCAUGAAUGUGAAUUGUUUGUAACUCAUCAGGAGGCACAUUGAGCUAUAGGGGGAAAAAGAAAGCAGUUGUUCAGAAGCAUCAGAAAAUAUAAUGUCUAAAAUAGGACAGAUAAAACAAGCCGCCAAAUCAAUUUUCGUUCUUGUCCUGUACCUUCUUUGUUACUAACUUGGACUGUUUUUUUUCCCCUUUCUUACAAAGUCCAUUGUGUUUUUUAUCAGACUUCACUAUUUGUGAGUUGUCCCCGAGUUUUACCCAAAGGAGGACAGAGAUUGUUCACCUGUCUAAAUUUGGAAUCCUAAGGGAAGUUGUCACUGCAAUUGUUAAAUUGAUCAUAGUAUUGCGAUUGUAGCAACAGAAGACUUCAUAGCAUUCCUCUUCUUGUAAUGCUCCCUCCAGGAGUAUCCCACUUGAUUGGCCACCCAAACUCUGUUUGAGAGCGGACUGGAGAAGGAAUAUUUUUACUGUUGGUCAUUUUGUACCUGUUCUUCUCAUUCCUUCAGCCUCUCCCAGGAAGGGUCAGGUGAGAUCAGGAAAACAAAGAGUGAUAACCAGAGAGGCUACAGGAAGCUCGUCUUCAUCACAAACUAGCACAAAAUUACCUACAUUAAAAAUAUUCUAGCAUACAUAUAUUGUUCAUUCUUUUAACUCUACAGAGGGUUGUUUCCCGUUAUUAAUCAAUAAAAGAAUCCAUAGUCAUGUGUAAGAGCAA